AUGGAUCCCAAAAGAUCACGUUCCCAACAAUCGGCGGAGAUAAUCGCCGGCAACGACGAUUUACUGACGGAAUUAAUCCUCCUCCGCCUCCCGGCGAGAUCCCUCAUCAAAUUCAAGUCAGUAAGCAAACGCUGGCAAUCUCUCAUCUCCGCCCCUCUCUUCGGCGCCGCCCACACCAAACACCACAGCCGCCGCCGCGAAACCCAGCCCAGUUUAAUCCUCGGCACCGCCGCCGAGCCGCCGGAGUUCUUCUACUUCAACCCCACCACCAGGGUUUUCCUCCCGUACACCUUCCAACACCCGUACACCAAAAUCCUCCAAUCCAGCCACGGCCUGUUGCUACUCGCGUGCAGAAACUCGCAGUUCGGGCGCGUGCACUACCGCGUGCACAACCCCACGACGAAUCAGUCGAAGAAAUUGGAAAACAUGCACGAAAACAAGAACAUGCUGACGUGGAUUCUGGGGAUGUCGCUGUCGUACGACCCUCGUACUUCCCCGUACUACAAAAUCAUCUGUACGAGGAGAUCACCGUUACCCUAUUCCGGAAUCGGCUUCGAGAUCUACCACUCGGAGUUCGACAGAUGGGAGCAUGUUCCGGGCGGAGAUAUUUACCGCUGUCUCCUCGGCAUUAGGUUAUCGAAAGGGCUUUCGUGUAAUAACGACGGGAUAUAUUGGAUCCAGCCCACUUCUCCAGAAUCGUACUACUUCAAUAUCCGAACCCGGCAUUUGGAAAAGCUGUCGGGGAACUACGCCCACCGCAGAAAAAUGCGUCCUUGUUCGAACAAGAACAAACUCUUGGUAUCGAACGGGCGCGUGCAUUGUGUCAGCACCUAUUUCGGUCCGAAAGUCAAAUGUUUGAUUGUGUACGAGUUGUUGUCGGAUCAUAAUUCGGGUUGGGUCGAGAAAUGUUGGGCUGAUUUGGGCCCGUUUCUGGAGGUUGACGAGGGACCCGUUGGGUUGCUCGGGAUUGUGAGGGGCGAAAAGGAAGAAUAUUCUUCGGUUUUGCUUCUUGCACCGGGGAAGAUUAUUUGUUACUGGUUUUUGGAUAGGAGAUUCGAGGUUUUGUGUGAUUUCACGAGUAGCGAGAUUUAUAAAGAGGAUGAUCAGUUGCAGUUUCGAUCCUUUCGGAGUAAAUUUUCUUGUCAAUUUAUUGAGAGUUUGGUUCCUGUUUGA